AAAAAAUUCUCCGCAUCUACUACAUUUGAGGUAGCAGAAAUUUAUGAAGCUUUUGAAGAACUUGAAGUGUCACUUGACAAAGCUCGCAAUGAUGCCAACUUGGAUAAGGUUGUGCAAAUUGGCGCAAAUCGUGCCCUAUUCAUACUUGGAAAGUAUUACAACAAGCUUGAUGAAUGUGAAGUAUAUCCAAUUGCAACAAUACUCACACCGACAAAAACAUACCGCUGGUUUAAGAAGAAUGUUGGCUGGGCUGAAGAAUGGAAGCAGAUGCCUCUUAAUAAACUCCGUCACCGGUGGGUUAUAACCUACAAGCCAAAGCCAGAGCCA